CUUUUUAUUUUUUUAAUUGAACAAUGAAACUAUAUCCUACGUUGAGUAAUAGCCGGCCUGAAUUCAGAACAUAUCCGGAAAAACUUAACGAGAAAAUUUAGGAGCACCGCAUUUAGAUUCCUUCAAUGAAAUGCUUUCCGAUGGCUUGGCCAAUUGCACAAAGUACAUGACGCCAGUUGGCUGUAGGACACCUGCAGGAGAACAAAUUGAGCUUCGCGUCGAAAGUAUCCAAAUUGCAAGACCUCAAGUUCCGAUAAUUGUAAUAGAUGUAAAGAAUCGGUUGACGUACCCUGCGGAGUCACGACAACUACACACUUCCUAUAUGGGUAUGUGCACGGUGCGAGUUAACUGGACGGUUAAUGGGUUGAAGAAGGCUCCAAUUGAUGUGGAACUAGGGGAAGUGCCUAUUAUGCUAAAGUCGAGCGCAUGCAAUCUUGGUUCACUAAAACCAGAGCAGAUGGUCAAACACGGGGAGCACGAUACUGAAUGGGGAGGAACUUUUGUUAUCAAAGGAAAUGAGAGAAUUAUACGGAUGUUACUUAUGAGCAGACGUAACUACCCGAUUGCUGUCAAACGCUCCACAUGGAAAGAUCGUGGAGCUAACUUUAGUGAAAUUGGCGUAAUGGUGCGUACAGUACGCGAAGACGAAACUUCCUAUAACAAUGUAUUACACUUCCUCAAUAACGGAACUGCGAAGUUGAUGUUCUCCCAAAUGAAAAUGAUGUCUUAUGUGCCUAUAUGUCUCGUACUACGAUGUUUGGUUGAUUAUACCGAUGAGCAAGUAUAUCGAAAUUUGGUUCGUGGAUAUGAAAAAGACCAGUAUUAUGUGUCAUGCGUACAAACGAUGUUAAGAGAUGUACAUGGUGAAGGGCUCCACACGCAUAAAGAUUGCAAAGAAUAUUUGGGCAAAAUUUUUAGAUCGAAAUUUCCCGAAAUACCCGAUUGGAAAACCGACAUGGAUGUUACUGAUUUUAUCCUUAAUGAAAGAAUACUUAUACACUUAAACACCCAUAAAGAAAAAUUUGAUAUGCUAGUGUUUAUGGCUCAAAAGUUGUUUCAGUGUGCACAAGGAAAUUAUAAAAUUGAAAAUGUAGAUUCUGUAAUGAUGCAAGAAGUUCUACUUUCAGGUCAUUUGUAUCAAAAGUUUUUAGUGGAUCGCGUAGAUUUAUGGCUGCAGUAUGCUAAGAAAUAUUUGCUCAGGCGUCUAGAAGCUCCAGAUGUCCUAAUAACCCCAACUUUACUUACGGCUUGCUUACGCAGUGCAGGUAGUGUCUCUCAUGCAAUGGAAUCCUUUCUGGCUACGGGUAACGCACCUUCUCGAUCUGGUUUGGGCCUUAUGCAAAAUACAGGUCUCGUAGUAAUGGCUGAAAAUAUUAACCGCAUUCGAUAUAUGUCGCAUUUUCGGGCAGUACAUCGUGGUUCAUACUUUACUACCAUGCGUACGACAGAAGCACGCCAGUUGCUGCCCGAUGCUUGGGGCUACAUUUGUCCGGUCCAUACACCCGAUGGUGCACCUUGUGGCCUCCUUAAUCACUUAACAGUGUCAUGUCGCAUAUCACGCAUUCCAGACAAAGGACUUGUUAAGAAAAUACCCGAGUAUUUGAUUGAAAUGGGAAUGAUACCAUUAGAAUCAGAGAUUCACGAUACAAAUUCAAAAUUAUUUGUGGUCUUCUUGGAGGGAAAACUAUUGGGUCACAUACGUCAAGUGGAUGCGGAAAAAAUUGUAAACAGACUACGUACUUUGAAAAUUGAUGGAUAUUUGCCUGAAAUGAUGGAAAUCGCAUACAUACCUUAUAAAGCAAAAGGACAAUUUCCAGGAUUAUUUCUCUUUGUGGGACCCGCACGUUUUAUGCGACCAGUUCGAAAUUUAGCUGUUGGAAAAAUCGAGUAUAUUGGCUCACUGGAGCAAGUAUAUAUGGAUAUUGCAAUCGACUUAAAAGAGUUCUAUCCUGGCUUUACCACUCAUAUGGAAUUGUCUAAAACUGAAUUUCUCAGCAAUUUGGCGAAUUUGAUCCCAAUGCCAGACUACAAUCAAUCUCCAAGAAACAUGUAUCAAUGUCAGAUGGGUAAGCAAACUAUGGGCACACCAUGCCUUAACUGGCCAAAGCAAGCUGCCAAUAAAUUGUACCGUUUACAAACCCCAACAACACCGCUUUUUAGACCUGUACAUCAUGAUAACGUCAGGCUUGAUGACUUCGCUAUGGGAACAAAUGCUAUAGUGGCAGUGAUUUCAUACACAGGUUAUGAUAUGGAGGAUGCCAUGAUUAUCAACAAGUGUGCAUAUGAGCGUGGCUUUGCUUAUGGUAGCAUUUAUAAAUCAAAAUUUAUCGAAUUAGAUGGGGCUAGUUUUUUCGCCCGUAGUCCACAUUUGCCCGACCUAAAUAAGAUCUUGGACAAUGAUGGUUUGCCUCACGCUGGCACAAAAUUAUGGCAUGGUUGUCCUUUCUACUGCUACUUCGAUGUGGAUACUUCAACCUAUAAAGUUGUAAAAUUAGACGAAAAAGAAGACUGCGUUGUAGAUAGUGUACGUUAUUGCGGUAACUUUAAGGCAAACGCACGUCGAAUGGUAUGUGUGACUCUGCGCAUACCUCGCCCGCCUACAAUUGGCGACAAAUUUGCAUCUCGUGCCGGACAAAAAGGCAUUUGUUCGCAGCGUUAUCCGGCUGAAGACUUGCCUUUCAGCGAAACGGGGCUAAUACCGGAUAUUGUUUUCAACCCACAUGGUUUCCCCUCUCGAAUGACAAUCGCUAUGAUGAUCGAAACCAUGGCGGGCAAAAGCGCUGCCUUACACGGACUCGUACACGACGCAACGCCAUUUCGCUUCUCAGAAAAACAUACCGCAAUCGAUUAUUUCGGUCGCCUACUAGAAGCCGGUGGAUAUAAUUAUUACGGCACAGAACGUCUUUAUUCCGGUGUAGAUGGACGUGAAAUGUCAGCAGACAUAUUCUUUGGUGUAGUUCAUUAUCAACGACUUCGUCACAUGGUGUUCGAUAAGUGGCAAGUGAGAUCCACAGGUCCAGUUGAUGCUAUAACGCAACAGCCCAUAAAGGGUCGCAAGCGCGGUGGUGGUGUCCGUUUCGGAGAGAUGGAGCGUGAUGCUUUGAUCUCACAUGGUGCAGCCUUUCUUCUGCAAGAUCGUCUUUUUCAUAACUCUGAUAAGACACACACACUGGUGUGCAGCAAGUGUGGCAGUAUACUGGCGCCCCUGAAGAAGAUCAUUAUGCGCUUAGAGACUGGCAAAUUACAAUCGAUGCCAGACACUUGUCGGCUGUGUGGGGAUGGCACCGCUGUGGGGUACAUUGAAAUACCAUUCUCAUUUAAAUACUUAGUAAGUGAAUUAAGUUCAGUAAACAUAAAUGCGAGAUUAAAGUUAAUGAAUAUUUAAAAAGUAAA